AUGACAGUGUCGCUAGUAGGUUCUCAUAAUAUACUAGAAAUCCGAGAGAAUAGGUUUAAUGUAAUAAAAAAAGAAAUGCUGCAAAAAGAACCCAGAUCUAUCAAAAUUUAUCCUGUGGAGAUCAGAAGGAAAUUGCCCACAGCUACAGAAUUACCAAGAGGUGAUGAAGAAAUUGAACCAGAACCACUUAGUUUUAAAGAUGCCGCAGACGCUGACGUCACUUCAGCUGAAUUGGAGCCAGAGAAUUCUUGGAUUAAGCCACGAAGACCAUACAUUAGACCUCCAAUAUUUCGUCCAUUUAACCGAUUCUUUCCAUGGCGAAACAUAUUUCAUGGAAGAUGGGAUAAUCGCUGUUUUGGUAGCUACUGUAAUCGUCGAAGCAAUAAUCCCUAUUAUUACCACCUGUUUCAUGGCCAUAACUUUUAUGGCUAUCCAGCAAGGAAUUUCUUACAAUCUACUGGUCUUCUUAAACGUUUGUUUAGAAAACGUGGAUGUCCGCUUCAAUUUGGUCGCUAUCGACCACAGGUUUCACAUGCGCCGAUGUUUGUAAAGCACGGACGAAGAAGCCGCUUAAUAACAUUAAAAGAUAAGAAAAAAAAUUGA